AUGCAAGUUAAUUUCUUCAUAAAAAUCUCACCAGUCGGUAUUCAGGUGACCUUCAUAUGCAUUCCUCUCGUCGGGUUCAUCACUAAAAUGAAAUUGUCCGAGAAAACGCAAACGACUAUUGCCGAUGCUAAUCAGAUAGCCGACGAAGUGCUGUCUACUAUGCGUACUGUGAGAUCAUUCGCAUGCGAGCGGAGAGAAGUAGAUCGAUUCGAAGGGAAACUUGAUGAAACCCUAAGGAUGAAUAGAAAG